GCUGUAACCAUGACCACUGAAGUAGGCUCCGCAUCUGAAGUGAAGAAGGAAUCUGAGCCAUUAGGAGCAGAUGCCACCAAGGAGAAACCUAAAGAAGUAGCAGAAAAUCAGCAGAAUCAGUCCUCCAAUCCAGAGGAGGAAAAAGGUUCCCAGUCAUCUCCUACAGCUGAAAGCCAAAGUAGUCCACGCCGCCAGAAGAGAGAGAAGGAUCCAUCUGAGAGCAGGGGCAUUUCUCGAUUCAUACCCCCGUGGCUUAAGAAACAGAAGUCCUAUACCUUAGUAGCGGCUAAAGACGGAGGAGAUAAAAAAGAGCCCAGUCAAGCUGUUGUGGAAGAGAUUUUAGAUCAAGAGCAAUCUCUUCCUGAAGGAGAAAGGCAGGCCAAGGGUGAUGCCGAAGAAACCGCUCAGAGAAAAGAGCCGGAGAUGAAAGUUGAUGUCAAGGAAGAGAAGCCCUCCGUGAUCCGUCCUGAGGCACAGGUAUGUUUGAGAAGGAAUUGUCUGGAAAUGAAACCCGCUGAAGGGGUAAGUAAGGAGAGAGAAGAGAAGGCGAAGGAAAUGAAGGAAGACAAGUCAGAAGAAGCAGCAAAGAGGGAGACCAAGGAAGUGCAGACCAAUGAGCUAAAGGCAGAGAAGGCCUUCCAGAAAGCCAGCAAGAAGACCAAAACGGUCCAGUGCAAAGUGAUGCUCCUAGAUGGCACCGAGUACAGCUGUGACCUGGAGAAACGUGCGAAGGGACAAGUGUUAUUUGACAAAGUGUGUGAACAUCUCAAUCUCCUGGAGAAGGACUACUUUGGACUUUUAUUUCAGGAAAGCCCUGAGCAGAAAAACUGGCUAGAUCCUGCAAAAGAAAUAAAGAGACAACUGCGAAAUCUUCCUUGGCUGUUCACCUUUAAUGUGAAGUUUUAUCCUCCUGAUCCUUCUCAAUUGACUGAAGAUCUCACCAGAUACUUCUUGUGCCUUCAGCUCCGGCAGGACAUUGCCUCUGGCCGCCUGCCUUGCUCUUUUGUGACGCACGCCCUCCUGGGAUCUUAUACUCUGCAGGCUGAGCUUGGGGACUAUGAUCCAGAAGAACAUGGCAAUAGUGACCUCAGUGACUUCCAGUUUGCCCCCACACAGACCAAGGAGCUGGAAGAGAAGGUGGCAGAACUGCAUAAAACCCACAGGGGCUUAUCUCCAGCACAAGCUGAUUCUCAGUUCUUGGAAAAUGCAAAGAGGCUCUCCAUGUACGGUGUUGACCUACAUCAUGCCAAGGACUCGGAAGGCGUGGACAUCAAGCUGGGUGUGUGCGCUAACGGGCUCCUCAUUUACAAAGACAGACUGAGAAUCAAUCGUUUUGCUUGGCCGAAAAUCUUGAAAAUUUCCUAUAAGCGCAGUAACUUCUACAUUAAAGUUAGGCCAGCAGAGCUCGAACAAUUUGAGAGCACCAUUGGAUUCAAACUGCCAAACCAUCGGGCAGCAAAAAGGCUAUGGAAAGUGUGCGUGGAACAUCAUACUUUCUACAGGCUUGUGUCUCCAGAGCAGCCACCAAAGGCCAAGUUCCUGACCUUGGGGUCCAAAUUCCGCUACAGCGGCCGCACCCAGGCCCAGACCCGUCAGGCAAGCACCCUCAUUGACAGGCCCGCACCACACUUUGAGCGUACCUCUAGCAAACGGGUCUCCAGGAGUCUAGAUGGAGCUCCAGUUGGUGUUGUCGAUCAAAGUCUUAUGAAGGAUUUUCCUGGUCCUGCUGGGGAGGUUUCGGCCUACGGCCCCGGAGUUGUCAGCCCUGCCAUGGUACAAGAUGGGGAUGGCAGAAGGGAGCUCAGAAGCCCAACUAAAGCCCCACAUGUGCAAUUCAUUGAAGGAAAGAAAAAUUCCUUGAGAGUAGAAGGGGAUAAUAUUUAUGUCAGACAUAGCAAUUUAAUGUUGGAGGACCUCGAUAAGGCCCAGGAGGACAUACUGAGACAUCAGGCUAGCAUUAGUGAACUCAAGCGCAAUUUUAUGGAAUCCACACCUGAGCCGCGCCCUAAUGAAUGGGAAAAACGACGUAUCACACCUCUGUCCCUACAGACACAAGGGAGUUCACAUGAGACUCUGAAUGUAGUGGAGGAGAAGAAACAGGCAGAGGUUGGGAAAGACGAAAGAGUAAUCACGGAAGAAAUGAACGGUAAAGAGCUAUCACCUGGGAGUGGUCCUGGGGAGAUGCGUAAGGUGGAGCCUCUGACCCAGAAAGACUCCACCUCCCUGUCUUCUGAGAGCAGCCACGGCAGCGAGAGCGAGGAGGAAGACGGGGGCGAGUACCGGCCCCACCACCGUGUGACCGCGGGCACCAUACGGGAAGAGCGGGAGGAGGACGAAGAGGUGGAGGAAGAAGCCGGCCGAGCAGCCCAGGUAGUAGAGAGGGAGGAAGCGGUACCAGAAGCCAGCCCAGUCAGACAAGCAGGUGCCAGUGUAAGCGCAGUAGAAACAGUGAUCCGGGAGAAUGUAGUUGCCCCACAGAUACCUGCAGAGAAGAGUGUAAACGAAGGCGCUAUUAAGCAAGACAUGAGCGAAGAAACAGAGGACGAGCAACACACAGUUAACGGAGAGGUGUCUCAUGUUGACAUUGAUGUUUUGCCACAAAUUAUUUGUUGUUCAGAGCCACCAGUGGUAAAAACAGAGAUGGUAACAAUUUCUGAUGCCUCACAAAGGACAGAAAUCUCCACCAAGGAAGUCCCUAUUGUCCAAACUGAGACCAAAACCAUCACAUAUGAGUCUCCACAGAUUGACGGCGGGGCCGGUGGUGACUCGGGGACAUUACUGACAGCACAAACCAUCACAUCUGAGUCUGUGUCGACAACGACAACAACACAUAUCACCAAGACUGUGAAAGGUGGAAUAUCUGAAACAAGAAUUGAGAAACGCAUCGUGAUCACGGGAGAUGCAGACAUCGAUCAUGACCAGGCGCUGGCCCAGGCCAUCCGGGAAGCCCGAGAGCAGCACCCGGACAUGUCGGUCACCAGAGUGGUGGUGCACAAAGAAACGGAGCUGGAGGAAGGGGAAGACUAAGUAAGAAAUUCCAUUUUUUAAACAACACUCAACUUUGUGAACCUGAAGAAUUUUGACCAUUCCAAGUCUUAAUGCCACACCACUACUCCAGCGAAUUUAUACUACGACUGGUAACAAUGACCAGAAGCCUGAAGAAUUAAAAUGCCAACAACCAAACCUUACCUUAACAGCUCUGGUCUAUACCGUUCCCUUGCAUUUUAAUACAUUAUUUUGUUUUAUAACCACUUCUAAAUAUUCUUGACUCUUUCUUUUUUUUUU